CUCCUGUCGUGAAUACACGAUCUCCGGCUGCAGUCCGUGUAGAAGGCGGCGGCUCGAGCGGCUCCGGUUAAACUUGUUAAAAGUUCCACUUUGUGUCGGUUUAUGGCGGAUUUCUUACCGAACACCGGGGAAACACGUUAGCGGGUCUGUUUCAGAGGAUUUAAAGGUUUGUAGCCAGGCGGAGCUGUGAGUCUCUGGACUGAGCCAGACCAGAGUCAUGGCGUCCGGUAAGAACAAGAACCAGACGUCCCUGGCCCUCCAUAAGGUGAUCAUGGUGGGCAGCGGCGGCGUUGGGAAGUCCGCCCUCACGCUGCAGUUCAUGUACGACGAGUUCGUGGAGGACUACGAGCCCACCAAGGCCGACAGCUACAGGAAGAAGGUGGUCCUGGACGGCGAGGACGUCCAGAUCGACAUCCUGGACACGGCGGGUCAGGAGGACUACGCCGCCAUCAGGGACAACUACUUCCGCAGCGGCGAGGGCUUCCUGCUGCUGUUCUCCAUCACGGAGCACGAGUCCUUCACGGCCACGUCGGAGUUCAGGGAGCAGAUCCUGCGGGUGAAGGAGGAGGAGGCCAUCCCUCUGCUGCUGGUGGGGAACAAGUCGGACCUGGAGGAGCGGCGGCAGGUGUCUGCCGACGAGGCCACGGCGAAGGCCGGCGAGUGGGGGGUUCAGUACGUGGAGACGUCGGCCAAGACGAGAGCCAACGUCGACAAGGUGUUCUUCGAUCUGAUGCGGGAGGUCCGUAAGAAGAAGAUGGCGGAGAGCAAAGACAAAAACGGGCCGAGCGGGAAGAAGAAGAAGAAGCACUGCUGCCUCCUCUAACUUCAGCCUGACGAGGUGACAAAGAGCCAAAAAAGCAGAACCAGAACCAGUCAGACGGACUGAACCAGACACAAACUGAUGCACCAACACUCUACAUGUAUAAAACCCACAUCUCACUCCCACU